AUGGGCUCUCCCCAAAAGAUCUCUAUCCUUGGCGAGGAUAGCAUUAUCGCAGACUAUGACCUGUGGCCGGAAUUUGUUGCUGCUGACCUAGUCAAACAUGUCCAAUCGUCGACAUACGUUCUUAUUACCGACACAAACCUCCACGAUAUAUACGUGCCGUCCUUCCAAUUCUGCUUUCAAUCCCAACAGCUGGCUGCCAAAACCAGGUUACUCACGUACGCCAUCCCGCCCGGUGAAGCAUCGAAAAGUCGAGAGACGAAAGCCGAAAUUGAAGAUUGGAUGCUGUCCCAAAAAUGUACCAGAGAUAUUGUCAUAAUUGCUCUUGGAGGCGGUGUCAUAGGAGACAUGAUCGGCUACGUAGCCGCUACGUUUAUGCGAGGAGUCCGAUUCGUCCAAGUCCCAACGACCUUGUUGGCCAUGGUAGAUUCAUCAAUUGGCGGUAAAACAGCAAUCGACACUCCGAUGGGAAAGAACCUGGUGGGUGCAUUCUGGCAGCCAAAAAGGAUCUAUAUCGAUCUGGCCUUCAUGCGGACUCUUCCAGUUCGUGAAUUCAUUAAUGGAAUGGCCGAGGUGAUCAAAACAGCAGCCAUCUGGAAUGAGGACGAGUUCAGCGUCUUGGAACAAUCAGCUGCGGAGGUUCUUGCGUGUAUCCGAUCCCAGGGCAUGGACCGCCUGCUCCCCAUCAAAAGCGCUCUGAUGCGUAUUGUGGUUGGAUCUGCACGAGUGAAGGCAGAGGUUGUGUCCGCUGACGAGCGAGAAGGAGGUCUGAGAAACUUACUCAACUUUGGGCAUUCUAUAGGCCACGCAAUCGAAGCUAUUUUGACACCACAGCUUCUCCAUGGCGAGGCCGUCGCAAUUGGCAUGGUCAAAGAAGCUGAACUAGCCCGUUUUCUCGGUAUUAUGCGCCCUCACGCUGUGUCACGAUUGUCUAAGUGCAUUGCUUCAUAUGGGCUCCCUACAUCGCUGAAGGACAAGAGGGUGAUGAAGCUCACCGCGGGAAAAGAGUGCCGUGUCGAUACGCUCAUGGAAAAGAUGUCAGUAGACAAGAAAAACGACGGUGAUCAAAAGAAGAUCGUCUUGCUCUCGCGGAUAGGGGAGACAUUUGAGCGCAAAGCAAGUAUUGUCAAUGAUGCAGACAUCAGAACAAUACUUUCUGCUUCAAUCAGAGUUGCGCCUGGCGUCCCUGACGGACUGACGGUCACUGUGACACCGCCUGGUUCCAAGAGUAUUUCCAACCGUGCGCUCAUUCUUGCUGCUUUAGGUUUUGGACCUUGUAAGAUCAAAAAUCUUCUACACUCCGACGACACCGAGUUUAUGUUGUCGGCAAUUGAGCAACUUGGCGGCGCUUCUUAUUCUUGGUGUGAUGCUGGAGAAAUUCUCGAGGUCACAGGGAAUGGGGGCAAGCUAAGAGCGAGCAGAGACAGCCUUUACAUUGGCAAUGCCGGUACCGCGUCUCGAUUCCUUACGACUGUCUUGGCAUUGUGUUCUCCAACUCACAAAUCAGACUCGACUGUUUUGACAGGCAACGCCAGGAUGAAAAUGCGGCCGAUCGGGCCGCUCGUAGAUGCUCUGCGCCAAAAUGGCGUUCACAUCGAAUACCUGGAGCUGGAGAAAAGUUUGCCUAUCCGGGUUCAUUCCACAGGAGGGUUUCAAGGCGGCAUGAUCGAAUUGGCGGCAACAAUAUCCUCUCAGUAUGUUUCAUCGAUCCUGAUGGCAGCCCCAUACGCCAAUAGCCCUGUGACCCUUCGCCUUAUUGGUGGCAAGCCUAUUUCGCAACCAUACAUCGAUAUGACCAUCUCGAUGAUGAGGAGUUUUGGAAUCAAUGUUACGAAAUCUACAACAGCUAUGAAUACGUAUCACAUCCCGUUGGGUGCGUAUAAAAACCCUUGGGAAUAUGUUAUUGAAAGUGAUGCCAGUUCUGCUACAUACCCAUUGGCUGUCGCAGCCAUCACAGGAACUACAUGUACAAUUCCAAACAUUGGGUCGGCUUCCCUACAGGGAGAUGCUAGAUUUGCAAUAGAUAUCCUACGGCCAAUGGGUUGUUCCGUCCAACAAGACGAGCAUAGUACGACGGUAACUGGCCCGGUUACUGGACAGCUGAGGCCACUCUCACAUGUCGAUAUGGAGCCUAUGACGGACGCAUUCCUAACUGCCUCGGUUCUGGCUGCCGUUGCAAAUGGCCAAACCCAAAUCACAGGAAUCGCCAACCAACGUGUCAAAGAAUGCAACAGAAUCGCGGCAAUGAAGGCCCAACUGGCCAACUUUGGGGUCAGGUGCACGGAACUGGACGAUGGAAUCGAAAUUUGGGGGAAGUCAUUAUCUGAUAUACAGACUCCGAGCGUCGGUAUUCACUGCUAUGACGAUCACCGUGUUGCCAUGAGCCUUAGUGUGCUCUCUGUAGUGGCUCCUGGGUCGACUGUCAUCACUGAAAGGGAAUGUGUUGGUAAAACUUGGCCCGGAUGGUGGGAUACACUAACACAAUCUUUCAAAGUGAAAGUAGAUGGCUGCGAUAUCUCAGGUGGCGGUAACGAUUUCAAGCAUGCCUCUACUGAGAAGUCUCAAGCCAUGAGCUCCAUAUUCGUUAUCGGUAUGAGGGGUGCUGGGAAGACCACAGCUGGCCGGUGGAUGGCAAAACUACUUGACUGGAAGUUUAUCGACCUGGAUGAAGAACUCGAAAGUCGCUCGGGCAAAACUAUACCCGAGAUCAUUAGCGGUCCCAAAGGAUGGGAUGGCUUUCGCCAGGAUGAGUUUGAUCUGCUACUAGACGUUUCAGAGAAGCUGCCCGAAUCCCACGUUUUGUCCUGUGGAGGCGGAAUUGUGGAAACGCCAAAGGCAAGAGAGUUGCUACAGAGCUAUUGUAAAAAUGGCGGCAUGGUUGUUCUCGUUCAUCGAAACACAGAUCAGGUCAUUGAAUACCUGAUGCAAGACACCACUCGACCAGCAUACACAACAGAAAUACGUCAGGUUUACGAGCGCCGCAAAGCCUGGUUCGAGAUGUGCUGCAACCAUAUCUAUUACAGUCCUCAUUCAGCGCCCCAAACUGGGUAUAAUAGUAUACCGGAUGACUUCAGGAGAUUUGUGAAGUCUAUUACUGUUGGGAAUAGCUCCCUGGAAAACAUUGCUAAGAAAGACGAAAGCUUUUUCGUUUCUUUGACUGUUCCCAAACUGGACGAACAUCUCCAUGCGAUUAACAGUGCUACUGUCGGGGCAGAUGCGGUUGAGAUUCGUGUCGAUCUCCUAGACGACUGGUCUCUUGAAGCAGUCACUGAGCAGCUUUCGUGGCUACGUUUUAUUUCGAAACUACCAAUCAUAUUUACUGUCAGAACGAUCUCACAAGGCGGACAGUUUCCAGAUGAAGCCAACGAUCAUCGACAUGACCUGUAUCGGCUGGCGUUAAAACUUGGCGUGGAAUAUCUUGAUGUUGAAGUCACGUCCACAGAUGAAAUUCUGCAGGAAUUGACAGACAUCCGAAGGAAUACACUCAUUGUCAGUUCUCACCAUGACCCAGCCGGAUCUCUGUCCUGGAAAAACGCAUCAUGGAUUCCGUUUUACAAUCGAGCGCUGCAAUAUGGGGAUGUGAUAAAGCUAGUUGGCAAUGCCAAAAGUAUUGAGGACAAUUUCGAUUUAGCAAGCUUCAAGUCAAGGAUGCUGACGGAUCACAAAACCCCAAUCAUCGCCAUCAACAUGGGCGCUGUAGGUCAAUUAAGUCGAAUUCUCAACAAGUUCCUCACACCAGUAUCGCAUCCUGAUUUGCCCUUCAAGGCAGCGCCAGGCCAACUAUCAGCCGCUGAGAUCCGACGAGGCCGUACACUACUUGGCCAGAUAAAAAAGCGAGAUUUCUAUCUAUUCGGGAGUCCCAUUUCCCAGUCCAGAUCACCAGCACUGCACAAUACUCUGUUCAACAUCACCGGGCUACCACAUGAAUACCAUCUCCAUGAAACCAGCUCCGUUCAGAACGUUUGUGAAAUCCUUCAUAGCGAAACCUUUGGUGGCGCGUCUGUCACUAUCCCUCUGAAAAGAGAGGUCAUAGCGUUAGUUGACGAAUUAACACCAGCAGCCCGGAUGAUUGGCGCCGUUAAUACUAUCAUUCCUUUGGAUAACGACAUCUCCUCGAAGAAACGUCGUCUUUUGGGUGAUAACACGGAUUGGAAGGGCAUGGUUUAUACCUUGUCAGUGGCAGGUGUUAUCAAACCCGUGAAGAAUGAGUCAGCAGCUGUCAUAGGGUCCGGAGGCACAACGCGUGCGGCAAUCUAUGCUUUGCAUUCUAUGGGGUUUGACACCAUUCAUGUCGUCGGACGAGAUGCACCCAAGGUCAACGCGCUGGCAUCAGAGUUCCCAAGAGACUAUAACGUCAAUGCAAUAACAACACAGGCUCAGACGGCUGAUUUAACUCAUUCUCCUUCAGUGAUUAUCAGCACUAUCCCUGCUGAACAACCAAUUGAUAACGGGGUUAGAGGCAUUGUGUCUACAUUCCUGUCACUGACUGCCGUAUCCCAAGGGCAGCGUGUCCUAUUGGAAAUGGCUUAUAGGCCUCGACAUACCCAAAUCGUGCAAAUGGCUGAAAGUACUAACAAAUGGCUGGUUAUUCCCGGACUCGAAGUUCUCGCAUCGCAGGGAUGGUAUCAGUUUGAGGCAUGGACAGACAUUCAGCCCCUGUAUCUUCAAGCACGGGAUGCCGUCAUUGGAUGCAGCCUGUAG